GAAAAAAAAAUUGUUGUGAAGUCUGUGUAGGAGAGGGUUGACACGGACUAUAUUAAAAAAAAUUGUUCUCGCCGCUCCGUUUCUGGUCGCCGGCGCCGCGCGAGUCCGCUCCUUGCUCGAGUUCUUCUUCUUCUUCCGCCGCUCAAGUCCUUCUUCUCAGUUUGGCAGUUCCCUCUGUUCUUAUGGCGGUUGACAAGGAAAAGAUUGAAGAAGAAUCUGUAAUCCGCCGCUUCUACCGUAUCAUUCUGAGUUGGGAUUACUUUUGUCUACAAAAAGGAACUGUAUCAGCAUCCAAACUCGUCAAAGUCAAGGAACGCUACAAAGACGUUGAUGAUUACAUUGCUACCUUCGAACCCCUCAUUUUCGAAGAAGCUAAAUCCCAGAUCAUUAAAGAUAAAGAGGACGACGAGGUGACUGAAUGGAAGUUGGGGGUGGUAAAUAGUUGGAAUGAGGCAGAUGACUUUCAUUUUCUAGAAUUUCCUUGCGAAUUGAUUGAGGGAGAGUCGAUAAAUAAGGAUGAUCUUUUACUUCUUUCAAAAGAAAAGUUUCUGGGUGGCAAAAAAUUACCUACCGUGUAUGCAUUUGCUUUGGUGGACCACUCACGAAAAUAUUCUGAUACAAGAGUUCUGCGUGUUAGACUCUAUCUAGCCGGUGAAUUCUCACAUUAUAAUACAGAUAUUGUAAAGCCUUGCCCAAGACUGUUUAAUAUGCGCUCUCAUAUAUGUGAGACUGGGAGACAGUUGUAUUUUAUGAAGCUAUGCAGUUUAUCUACCAUUGCUCGUGAGUAUUCGGCUGUACAAAAGAUAAGCCUUCUCCCAUUCAAGGAUUUAAUUUUAAAUGCUGCUGGGGAGAAUUUUGGCACAGAAGUUGAGGGUUGGAAAAUCCCCAUGCCUUUGAAGGAAUAUAUUGAAAGUACUUUCAAUCAGUAUCAACAUGAUGCCAUAACAGCUGGUCUAUCAUCUAAAUCAUUUGUCCUGAUACAGGGCCCCCCAGGGACUGGGAAGACUCAAACAAUACUCGGGCUGUUAAGUGCCAUUUUACAUGCAACUCCACCGAGAGUACAUUCAAAGAGCCGGACGUACGAGCUAAAGCAGGGGCCACAAUUACCAAUUGAGGAGAAACAUAAACAUUGGUCACUUGCGUCUCCGUGGUUAAAUGGUAAUAAUCUAAGAGAUAGUUUGAUGCCAAAAGAUGGUGACGAUGGUUUUUUCCCAACUACUGGAAAUGAAUUAAAACCUGAAGCUGUAACUUCAAGUCGUAAGUAUCGUGUAAGAGUGCUAGUAUGCGCCCCAUCAAAUUCUGCCCUGGAUGAGAUUGUGUUGCGUGUUCGCAAUGCAGGUGUCCAUGAUGAAAAUGGCCGUGGUUAUUGCCCAAACAUUGUGAGAAUUGGUCUCAAAGCACAUCAUUCUAUCAAGGCUGUUUCCCUUGAUGAACUUUUAAAACAAAAACGUUCUAGUGGCAACAAAUCAUCCACAGAUAAGCAGAGUACUGGUCCUGCAGGAAGCAAUGACGACACUCUCAGGGCUGCAAUUUUGGAUGAAGCCACAAUUGUCUUCUCCACUCUCAGCUUUAGUGGUUCAAACAGUUUAAGUAAACUCAGUCGCAGCUUUGAUGUUGUGAUUAUAGAUGAGGCAGCACAAGCUGUGGAACCUGCAGUUCUUGUUCCCUUGGCCAAUCAAUGCAAAAAAGUUUUUCUGGUUGGUGAUCCAGCUCAACUUCCAGCAACUGUGAUUUCAGACAUUGCUAAGAAUCAUGGAUAUGGUACAAGCUUAUUUGAAAGAUUGAAGCUUGCUGGUUAUCCAGUUAAAAUGUUGAAGACUCAAUACCGAAUGCAUCCCGAGAUAAGAAGCUUUCCCUCUAGGGAGUUUUAUGAAGAUUCAUUGCAAGAUGGGGAUGGCAUUAAAUUACAUACAACACGCGCAUGGCAUAUGUACCGCUGCUUUGGCCCAUUCUGCUUCUUUGACAUACAUGAGGGAAAAGAGGCUCGGCCUUCUGGGAGUGGCUCGUGGAUAAACGUUGAGGAAGUCGAUUUUGUACUAUUCUUAUAUCAAAAGCUGGUAUCCCUUUAUCCGCAACUGAAGUCUGGUAACCAAGUUGCUAUUAUAUCACCCUAUAGUCAUCAAGUAAAACUCUUCCAAAAACGUUUUGAAGAGACUUUUGGAGUGUCAUCAGAGAAAGUAGUGGAUAUAUGUACUGUUGAUGGUUGCCAGGGACGUGAAAAGGACGUUGCAAUAUUUUCAUGUGUCAGGGCAAGCAAAGAUAAAGGCAUAGGGUUUGUGGCGGACAUUCGACGAAUGAACGUGGGGAUCACCAGAGCAAAGUCUGCAGUAUUGGUGGUUGGAUCUGCUUCAACAUUGAGGAGGAAUGAACAAUGGAAUAAGCUAGUGGAAAGUGCUGAGACUAGGGACUGUUUAUUCAAAGUUUCUCAGCCAUAUUCCUCAUUUUUCAGCGAAGAAAGUCUGGCAUCUUUGGUAGCUAAGGUGGACGAAUCAUCCCAGAAGACGGAACCUGCUGACGGGGAAGAUAAUUAUGUGCAGUUUGCCAAUGAUGCAGCACAACAAGAUCAAGGUGAGGACCAGGACUAUGGAGAUGAUAUGGAUGAUGGUGGUGGUUUUGAUGAAGAUUAGGGUUAGUUAGUUAAAUAGUUGUGUAGUUGAGCGAGGCUGGUGCUAUUUAAGUCAUUUUACCUGGUGAGGACAAGGACUGCACUAGUCUGAAAAUCCUAGCUAUUCUUAGCAUGAUAUUAGGGAAUCUCAUUGCUAUUACCCAAACAAGCAUGAAACGUAUGCUUGCGUAUUCGUCCAUAGGUCAAAUCGGAUAUGUAAUUAUUGGAAUAAUUGUUGGAGGCUCAAAUGGUGGAUGUGGAAGCAUGAUAGAAAUAAUAGCAUGUGCAUUGUUGAUACAAAAAAAGAACAUGCACUUAUUCAUGACUGUUGCUACUAGUGUGUAUUUGGUGAUUAUACUGGUACUUUACUAAAUUAUUAUUCAGUUUUCAAGUUAUACA